AUGAAUUUUGCUGAAAAUAUCUUGUAUUCGCGAGUACCCGGUCAUGCAUCAUCUCAUAGAGGUACAAUUGGGAAAGAAGAUGAUAAAAUUGCUUUAACUGAAGUUCGAGAGGGAGGAACAGAGAUACGUGAUGUUAGUUGGGGGGAGUCAAGGAAAGGAGUAGCGGAAUUAGCUAGUGCUAUGAAGGAGCAUGGCGUUGGGAUGGGUGAUAGAGUGGUAGUUGUGGCUAGUAAUUCUUUUGAUACCCUGAAGGUUUUUCUGACUGUAGCAUCGCUUGGGGGUUUGUUCAGUAGUAGUUCGACGGAUAUGGGUGUUCAAGGUGUUUUGCAACAAGCUUUACAGGUUGAACCAAAGUAUAUUUUUAUGGAUGACUGGACAGUUUACAAUGGCAAGACGGUUGAUCUUCGCGAAAAGAUGAUCGCAAUCGUGCAUGGAAUGAAAGAUGUUAACGAAUUCAAAGGAAUGGUUUCUAUGCCUAGAUUCAAAACACCGUUAGAUAUCACCGACAUCCCUCGUAGCCAGAAUCUAUCCACUUACCUCUCGAAAUCUACACCUCAAACUCUUACUUUCGCCAAAACAGCUUUCCACGAUCCUUUUUUCAUUGCAUAUUCAUCUGGUACCACUGGAACACCAAAAUGCAUCGUCUAUUCCAUUGGUGGUGCAGCUCUCAGCGCAGCCAAAGAAGGAAUCCUUCACCUAGAAACUGGUCCCCAUUGUACCGUCCUUCAAUACACAACAACCGGGUGGAUAAUGUAUUUUAUGUCCAUUUCCAAUCUACUCACCGGGUGUCGCGUAGUUCUUUACGAUGGAAGUCCCUUUCAACCCGAUCUCACUACAUUUGUAAAACUUCUCGGCGAACUGAAAGUUACACACUUCGGGACAUCUCCAAAGUGGAUGGCGGAAAUGCAGAAAAAUGGGAUUGUGCCGAAAUAUGUGACGGAUCUUUCGAGUUUGCACACGGUGACGAGCACGGAUAUGGUGUUGUCGGAUCAACUUUUUGAAUGGUUCUAUGAUGUGGGAUUUCCAAAAACGGUGCAUUUGGCGAAUAUUUCUGGAGGAACGGAUAUUGCAGGAAGUUUUGGUCAAGGGAAUCCCCUGACUCCAGUUUAUGUUGGAGGGACUCAAGGUCCUAGCUUAGGCACACCUAUUGCCGUUUACGAUGCCCUCAUUGAAAGUGGACAAGUCGUUCCAGUUGAGCACGGCACACCCGGAGAACUCGUAGCUCCCCAUGCUUUCCCUAACAUUCCCGUCUUUUUCUUCCGCGAUUCCAGUGGUUCCUUAUACCAUUCCUCCUACUUCUCGAAAUAUACUCACGUCUGGACUCAUGGUGAUUUCGUGUCCAUUCAUCCCAUAACUCAUAACUUACAUUUCCACGGCCGAGCGGAUGGUGUCUUGAAUCCUAGUGGUGUUCGUUUUGGCAGCGCGGAGAUAUAUAGUAUCAUUCAGAAAUAUUUUGGAAAGGAGGUCCAAGAAAGUUUAUGCGUGGGACAGAAAAGAGAAGGGGAUGAAGAUGAGAGGGUGAUGUUAUUUUUAGUAAUGAUAAAGGGGGAGAAAUUUAAUGCCGGUUUGAGAGAAAAGGUAAAAGAGGUCAUCGGCAGGGAGUUAAGUAAAAGACAUGUUCCCAAGUGGAUUUUCGAAGCUCCAGAUAUUCCUACAACUAUAAAUCUAAAGAAAGUCGAACUUCCCGUUAAGCAGAUCGUUUCUGGGGAGAUUAUUAAACCAAGUGGUACGUUGCUGAAUCCAGAGAGUUUGAAAUUCUUCUAUCGGUUUGCGAAGGUGGAAGAGCUUGUUAAGGGAGAGGGCGAGGGGAAUAAAGGGGGCGAGGGAAAGAGAGAGAGUAAAUUAUAG